UAUUAUAAUCGGCGUUCUUAAAUCUACCAGAUUUGAUAAAAAUCCCAACAUAGACAGAAAUCAACUUUAUUUUAUCAGCAAACUACUAAACAAAAUGUUUAACCUCGCCACAUUAUUUAUGUAUGUGGCUGUCCCAAGUCAGGAGCCUGUAAUUCAGUGGUUGUCUUUUGUUCAUGUGUUACAUAUUUGUUUUUCGUUCAUUUCUUUACAUAAAUAAGGCCGUUAUUUUUCUCGCUUGAAUUGUUUUACAUUGUCUUAUCGGGGCCUUUUAUAGCUGACUAUAUGCAGUACGGGCUUUGCUCAUUGUUGAAGGCCGUACUGUGACCUAUAAUUGUUAAUGUUUGUGUCAUUUUGGUUUUUGUGGAUAGUUGUCUCAUUGGCAAUCAUACCACAUCUUCUUUUUUAUAUGUAUACUCACAUUCCUGAACGAUAGACAAUUGGCCUAUUUAAGAAAAUCUAAAUUUCAAAUAACGUUUUCCAUCUAAUUAUUAUCCUAUAAAUAUAUGAUUUUUACAAUUCAUGUUAUGUCUAUUGGACUGCAUAUUUCUUUCACCAUAGUAUUUAUACCCCCAACUUUCAAAUUCAAUCAGAAAUAUAAUUCAGGACAAGGAUGGCCAAAAUGUAUAUCAUAAAAAAAUUGGAACCUGUUAUCUGUUAUAAUUCAUUCGAUUAGGAGUUUAAAACUUUCAUCAAUUCUUUAACCAGUUAUAUAGUGAUAGUAAAUAUUAAAAAUGAAUGCUUUAUGAUCGAAAAGCAAUUACUUUUCUACAUUAGAAAGAUUGUGAACUAAACGAUCACAUCUAUACAGAAGAAAAAAACUCAACAGAAUAUCGGAGAAGCGUACCCAUACCCAAAUAGUCAUGCGUGAAUGCGUUUAUAUUUAUACAGAUUUCGUCGAAAUCUAAAGUUUACAUUAUACAGCUUUUGCAUGCGUUACAGUUUAUGGGCUCGUAUCUCCUAUUAGUGUUUUAUAUCUACCCGCGAGACACAGAAAAUAUAGGGCACUUACAAAAAAUUCAUCUAUAUUCAUUCAUAUUCCCUGUUGAGUUAACUAAAGACACAUAACAGAAUUAAAUGGAAUGUUUCACUCAAGAAUAAUGUUUUCAUUUUAAAAGAAAAUAAUAAAUCAGUAUUUUACUUUAUGCACAAGUGUGAUGAUAUACAUCACAUUCUAAUAUUGCAAUGUACCAUUAGAAUAUAAUUUUAAUCAGCUGGCAACAGUCAAGAAAAAACAAUAGAUACAUGAAAAUAAUUAAUGAUUUUUUUCAAACAAGAACCUGUUGAAAAGAAGGAAGGUCUAAAUGUUGAUAAUAUUUCUGGCAUCGACAGUGAUUCCGAUGAUGAUAAUGACGUUGAAAAUGCUGCAUUUGAGGAACAUGAUAGCCAUAUAGCAAAGGAACUGAAGGUGUCAAUAUCGGAAUUGUAUGGCCUGAUAUUUUUGGCCCUUUUACAAAAACAGUAUUGGAAGGGAGCAAAACAGUUAAUAGAAACUGGAUGCAUUCGAAUCCAUCAUAUUCUUGUUGGGUGCGUAAUAUUAGAAAAUACAGCGAACAGCUGGCAAACUGCUCCACUUGUACAAGACAGGCUUAGAAGAUUGAAUAAGGCCUUCACGCAGAGGGCAUCUCGCAUUUUAGAGUCUAUAUAUGAGACUGACAAGAAAAUUGAAAACGAUAAACAGAAACGAAAUAGACCUUCUGGAAGAGAGGUAGAGUCGAAUAGUAAGGAGGAAAUGGAAUUAGGUGAACAUAUCAACCAUGCUGGCAGACUGUUACUAAACCAUGGAUACAUCGAAGAUGCUAUAAAAACACAGAACAGAACGUUUUUGGACAACAAAGAAGUGCGGAAUAUUAUAAACAAAAUGUGGUAUGGAUUAGAACAUAGAGAUCUAAAAACGAUCCUUGGUUACAUUGCUCUCGCAGCUAAUCACAUCAUAUUGUUACCUUUGCUGAUGGUAACUAUGGAAACACGUCCGACGCUAUGGUUAUAUAAACAGUACAAACUGCCAUUCAUGAAAGUUUGCAUUCAUUUGGUUGGAUUCUUGUGGCUUCUUUUUGCUUAUGCACACAUGCUGUUAUUUGACUACAAAGUAAAUGGAAUUUCACACACAGACUAUUUCAUAAUCACUUGGAUGGUAAGCUUUUUCGUGGACGAAACCAAACAGCACAUUGUAUCAAUAAUACGAAGGAAAUGGAAAAGUUACAUUAGUGACUGGUGGAAUCGGUUAGAUUGGUGUUCAAUAUUUAUAUAUACCGUUGGAAUGUGUCUGAAGUUAGGUGAAAACCAAAUUUAUCAAGAUGCAUCGAAAGUCUUAUUAGUAGUUGCUUUUAUACUUUUGUGCAUACGGAUCUUAAAUCUGUUCUGUAUGUCGGAGAUUCUUGGUCCCAAGUUAGUCAUGAUUCGCAAAAUGUUUUCAGAUACAGGUGCCUUUAUGGCUAUCAUGGCAGUGAUUAUGAUGUGUUACAAUAUAUCUUUUCACGCUCUUUUAUAUACAAACUCUGAGUUUACAUGGUCAGAGCUUGAAAAGAUCACAAAAAAUGGAUACUGGAUGUUAUUUGGUGAACUGAAUUUAGAUGGGGAAAAAGUAACUGUACCAGACUGUACAUUCAACAGAGCUUUGUUUGAGUCUGGGGCCUUGGAACAAUGUCCCUCAACGUUUGGGUUACACCUUGUGCCUUACUUGAAAGCUUUCUAUGGACUGAUAGCUGUAAUAUUAUUGCUAAACCUGCUAAUAGCAAUGUACAGUAAUACAUUUAAAGUAGUCCACGAAGAAGCAGAAUUUUAUUGGUCACAACUACAGAACGACUUUCUGGAAGAAUACAGUGUAAAAACUAUAUUUCCAAUACAUGUCCAGUUACUUGUUUUACCGAUGAUCAUCUUACAUGCCUUCAUAUGGUUUUGUUGUCUUUAUCCUGGUGGAAAACUGUAUGAAAGAUGUCGCUGUGAUGCAGAAGUUAAUAAUGGCCGUAAAGAUGACGUUGAGGACGAAAAAUCUCUAAAUCGUGGUCCUAUGUUUGUUAGAGUGUUCCUGUAUAAUACAAAUUUUGACCUGAAGCUAAAAUCGACGACUGAGGCAGAGAGAAAUGGCACUAUGAAGGCAAAAGGAGAAAUAGACAUCAUGGAAACUGACAGAAUUACGACUAAAGUUGGACUUAGAGUUGUAAGACCACAAAGCUGGAAACCUGCGAGUGAUUACAAGUUUGGAAAUGGUCGCGAAAUUGGAACUAUAGUAAAAAUAACUGAAUCAGGGGACGUAACAGUGCGUUGGGACAGAGGUAGACAUGAUAAUUUUGAAAAAGGAGAUAAUAACCAGUUUGAUUUGCUGUUAUUUGAUAAUGCACAAACAGGGAACCAUUAUACUAUUGUGCAUGGACAAGUCUCCUCAGGAAAUCAUUGUUCUACUGUGGAUGGUCAUGGUACCUCAGGGAACCAUUGUACUGCUGUGUAUUUUGAUGUUACCUCAGGGAACCAUUGA